AUGCACCCUAUCCAACUUUACGAUACUGCGAUGAUACCGGGCGACGCCGUUGAUCGUCGCGCCCCCAUCUCCCUGAACUCGGGCAGGCCCCUAUUCGUUUCAACCACCGAUCUUGAGAGGAACGAUUCAGAAGAGACCAUCGUCCCAGGCACUCCGAAGGCCAGCAUCUCUCUAGGAGACCAGUACAUACCUGAUUCUUUCACGUCCAUGUCAGAGCUUUGCCAGCUAGUCGACAGGCAAAGUUUGACAUUGCAAACACUUGCCGCCAAUGUACGACCCCUUUCGAAGAUUGCUCAGGGUGGCGUGUGUACCCCUGAACACCACAUGCCAGCCAGUCCUUCAGACAAAACGUUCCUGUUAUUGUUGGCCACGCCCAUCGCGCCAGCUAUUUGCUUGCACGCGUGCGAAGCGGAUGAGAAGACCAUGUCUAUUCUUCAGCAGGCUGUUGAACACACUUGGAGUCGAGGUGUCCCGAACUCCAAUUUUCCCGACGAACAGACGUCGACGAGUGGCAGGGCUAUGGCUAGCAUUUAUUCGGACCUCAGACGUCGAUUCCCGCACCCCCAAAGCCAACAUGUGCCUGUCAAAAUGCAGAAGUGGGUUCAGCGGGCACACAACACUCGUUACGACGAAGAACGUAUUACUGUCAAGGGUGUCAUGGACGCUGAAUCGCGUUUCCAAAUCCUCAACCGCAGAAGCGAGCUAUAUCGGCAGUACGCCUCAAGAAUAGCAAGUUAUGCUUCAGAUAUCAUUUCUAGAAGCAUUGCAGCGGGUCGAGGUCGCCUAAGGGAUGGAUACGGAAGUCAGGAUGAAGACGAUGAAUUGGCGAACAUGGUCUGA